AUGACGGACACAAAACACUUCCCACUCUCAUCACGCUCAAUACAUGCACGCACAUACUCCUCUGUCACACCCUCAGCUUUCAAAAAGCGCAUGAAUGCCGCCACGGCGGUUGCUUUGGCACGCUUUGUGUUUACGGGGGCCAACUCCUCCAAGCCCAUGCCUCCUGUCGGAUAG